CCACAUUAUUUAUCUGGAUUCCACAUUAUUUAUCUGGAUUCCACAUUAUUUAUCUGGAUUCCACAUUAUUUAUCUGGAUUCCAGAUAAAAUGUCUGGAUUUCGAUCGAUGCGGUGAUGAUGACCACUCCCACGUUCUUCGAAAGAUGUUCCAACGACUCCACUUGGCCAUGAUCCAAUGAUAUAUAGAAUACCGUUGGUUUCUACCACCAUACUACAGUACCGGUACCGGUACUAUGUAGGAAGUUUGAUGCAAUGGGGCCGCACGUAUACGUCCCGUAGCUGAGGAACCACCGCACCAUGAUACCAACCUCUUCUGCAUCUCAUUAGAUGCGCACAGCUCUAUAGCUGAUUCCUGAUAACUGGCUACCAGUCUUGGUACUGUUGGCUAUGCCGAGAAUGGAAGAAGGCACAUUUCGAUACACGUGGGAGCCGCUAAGGUACCAGUACGUGUGGUGAAAAUUUCAGUAUGAGAUCAACAGGCAUGCCACCGUGUCAAUUGAUUGCAUACUGUAUGGAAAAUUUCAUUCCAGAACCCUCUCAGGAUCUUUGUCAACCUGCGAAUUCGGAGAUGGAACGAACUUUGGUUGGAGUUUUCACGAAAAGGUGCUUUGCCAGCCAUACUGUACUGCAAUAGAAGUCAGCCUUCAACUGGCCUACUAGAGUAGCUAGUAGCCACGGUAGUACCGUACUGGCUGCUGUAUGGGUGUACGAAAGAUCGUAUCUUUCUCAUCCACAAAUAAUAAAUCAAAUCAACAACAAGAAGAAGAGUUUGAUUGGUUUGGUUUUAGUUAGUGACAAUAAGAAAGAUACAUACCGGUACAGAACACGAGACCUUUUCCCUUUGUUGGCUUGUAAGCAGUUGGUUUGGAAUCAGAUCAUUGCUUGAAUUCAGAGAGAGACAGUAAGAAGAAGUGUUUUGUGCUGUUAAUUAAAAGAGCAUCGCAGUAAGAGUGAAGCUCAAGCGAAUAGUGGAGUUACCCAUUACAUUGCUUGACGCCAACUGAAGGUGAAGAUUUGCUGUACGAACGAAGAUAGAUUACAGUGGCUUCAAGAUGAAGGAUAGCAGGUGGGCUUACGUGGAGAAGGAGGAUGAAGAGAUGGAUGACGUUGACGUUACCGAGGAGGUCACUGAGAGUGAGGAGCCAGGGAUCGCGACCGUGGCUGAUAGCGUGGAGGGACGCACGAUGGUUGACGACGAUGGCGAUGUCCCCAUGUUGGACGAUGAAGCUACUGGUGGCGAAAGUGGUGUUCAUCACGACGAGGGUGCUGGUACUGGCUCGGGCAUUCCUUCCGACGAGCAAGACGACAAUGGCGAAGUUGUCUGUGAUAAUGCGUCAUGGGCCAAAACUCGAGGAGAGAUCCCUGACGGACCCAAGGAGGGAGUCAAGCAUGGAGCCACGUUGGGUGGAACGAGCGGUGAAGGUGAUAUUGAUGACGAUUGUGGCAUUCGUUCGGCUUCAAAAGGAGACAACGACGAUGUCAAGGUGUUGGAAGCGGAUGGUCGUAGCGCCACUGGAGGUGAUGAUGCUUCUCGGUCUGGCGAGUCCAAGUGCAACGAAGAGAAUCUGAACACCGACGACGCAGCAUUGUUAGAAGCCAACUCAGACGCGGAGUCGCGCAGUAUUGGCGAGUUUAGCUUUGCCUCUUCAAUGGAGUUCGAUGAAGAAGACGCGGAGGCCGUCAUCGGUGCAAAGUUGUGUCCUUCUGGUCCUUUCGAAAUGAAGCUUCUUCGAUCCUGUAUUGAAGAUGGAACCUCCGCUAUUGAGGAGCUGCAAGGGAAAGAUGUGGUACUAGUCGUUGGAAAAACUGGAGUUGGCAAGAGUCUAUUCAUCCAAGGAAUAGCUGGCAAACAGAUCAAGCCUGUGGCUCACGUGUCUACUUGCUAUGGCACGCAAGUUUCGUCUAAAGUCUUUGAGGCUGUUGAUCCCCUGCCUGACUUCCAGAUCGGACACGACAAGGUGUCAAAAACUCGGUCCAUCAGCAGCCUCGUUCGUCAAGGCGCUGGGAAGAACGGACAAGAAGUUGUUUACGUUGACUCACCUGGGUGGGAUGACACUGGAGGAGAAGAAGUCGAUAUUGCCACCUCAGUCAUGUUCAGCCGAGUUGUCAAGCAAGCAAGGAGUUUGCGUUUGGUUGUUCUUAUCAACUAUGGCUCUUUGCUGGAAGACCGUGGAGGUGCCAUGAGGGCGGUUCUCAAACUUGCGCAUACGUUUGUGGCGGACUUCGAGAAGGACAAGCGAAGCUUCAUGUUUCUCUUCACGCACACGAACGAAGUUGAGAUGGCCGCGUCCUUGGAAGAAUCGAGGUUGGGUCUAGCUGAUGAAAUCCUCCGUAUCAGGAAAGACACUCAGGACAAAGAAGUGGAAGAAAUUCUAAAAUUCAUGUCUACUGCUCUCAAGAAGCAGUAUGGCUUCGUCGAUGUGGUGCAUCCGUUGAAAACGGACUUUGCACAGAUGUCGAGUUUCAUUGAAACGAAGCUGUGGACGAUCCGAAAGCCAGCCGCAAUGCCCAACUGUGGCUUGACGGUCAAAUCCGAAAUGAGGUUGAACGCUCAAGUCCAACUGAUGCUGAACACCGCCCGCCGACUUUUGUACCAGAACAAGGAGCUUCAAACUCCAGAGACAGUGAUUCAGUUGAAGGAGAUCAUCGACAUGUUCAAGUACUUCAAUGACCACGUAUGCGUGGGAGAAAUUAAGAAAGCCUACAACGAGUGCCGCGAACUGCUGCAAGAACACGUCAACGAGCAACGAUUGAUCAUGGAAGACCAACUAAGAAGAGCCAAGGACGAAAACGAGCACUUUGGGCCUGGCAACAUCCGUCUUUUGAAGGCAGCUAUGUCGCAUUUGACAGCGUUCACAGACGACAGCAAUGUGACUAGAAGUUACCAUGAGAAGCUCAUUGCUGAAGCACUCUCCGCUUCUUUCGAAAGAGUCUCCAUAGAAUCUGCCCUUGGAAGCUUGGGUUCGACCAUGAAGGAACUACGCAAGAUGCGAGCUUGGAGCGAAGGCUUUCCUUGUUGCACGGACAGGUACCAACAGGGCCGCGCUUUGAUUGAAGCAGCAGUAGAGGACACCAGGGCAAGGGUUUCUCUAGUAGGAAACGCGGAGCUGGAAACUCUUGACACGGAAGGGCUUUGUUCUUUUGCCCGAGACGUCGUACUCCUCUCCGCAAUUGUGCGGACAGGAAAGGAGCUUUCCUUGCAUAAAAUCGAUGUUAGCAUGUGUUCGAAAACCUCCAAAGGAACCGAAGAGCUGCUAUGCACCCUGGCAAUCAAGUUGGGCCCCCCGGAAACAACGAUGCCUGACAGCGCACCUUGGAAGGCAGCACCUGGUGUAAUCAGAGAACUGGCAAGCUAUGCAAUGAAACUGCAAUCGUUGCAAUCCGUGUUCGGCCAACAAGACGACCUGGUCUCAUCCAAGGUUGCUGCAACUUUGGGCAUUUCAUUGGAUCAGCUCGAGUCGCACACCGUCAAGCUGUACCGAGCGUUGUGUACCGAUUUCAACGCCAAUGAAACAGUCGGAACCGGAGGCGCAGAAGAGAAGUUGGGUGUCCUGGGAUCCACCAAGCUCUUGUUCUCUUCGUUGUCCCCACGAUGGCAGGAUAUGCCUAGGCUCUACAACCACGAAGUUGCUGUCAUGCGAUCAAAACUCAGGGUAGCGGCGACCGAAUUGGAAAGAGUCGCUAUCCAGUGCAAAGAGCAUGGAUUUGACGAUGGCCAAAGAGAUGGAGGCAAGUACGGUGCACUUCUAUCGAGCGUGUGGUUUGACGCACAUGACGGCAAUGAGGGCUUUGUUAAAGCCACUUGUGAUUCUGUGUACAAUAUAUAUCGCUGCAGGAUGGAAUCUAUGAUGGACACCCUGAAGUCGAAUUCGGAGCAGCUGAAGAUCUUAUCCACCGACAACGUUGACCGCCUCAAUGCAUGCCACAAAGCUGCCUUAGAGAUCAAGCAGUUUGAAAAGUUUGAGUCGUUUGCUGGAAACUUGAAGGCUGUAGCGAAUGGCAGGAAGAGUGCUCUGGAGGGAGUCCGAAAGUAUAACCUCUCUCUGAAGGACCAAUCCAAGGAACUCUGUGCAAAGUGGCUUGCUCAUGUCAAGGAAUUGAAGGACGACGACAAGGCCCGGGCGAUGACGGAGCAACUCGACAGUAUUCUUGGGGAAAUCGAAGCCAUUGAUACUUUUCGUUGCUUGCCACAAAUGAAAGUGGCCGCAAAAGAAGCAAAGGAAGAUAUCAUGGAUGCUUUUGCAACUGCAACCAGUUUUGCCGAGAAGGAGUUUAGGAUGCCGUUGGAAUACCACAAGAAGGCUGAUAUCCUUGGACUCAUAAACAAACUUCGAGGUUUUCGUCGGACUGACGCCUACCUACCGUCUUACUCUCACUUCCAAGAGAAAGCUCGAGAACUUGUUGCAAAUGAUGCAGUGAAAGUCGAGACGUUGGUACACGACUGUGCUGAUGCAGACAAAAUCGAUUCAGAGUUGAAAGCAUUCCAAGCAGCAAAGAUUCUGGAUCUAUACACCAACGAGGAAGCAACAAAGCGCUUGCGGCCAUUGGAAGCACUUUGUGACAAGCAGGCAGCUGGGCGAGACAAGGUCGUUGAUGACAUGAUUGCCCGCCAAGACUUCGUUGGAAUCGGUAAAUACCUUAACCCGCUGCGUGACUCGAAAUACGUCAUCAAGAGGGAGAAAAACAGACAAUACCUACGAAGGAUUUCUGAUGCCCUGAAGGCUCAAUGUAAGAUUUCUCAGGGGAAAAAGGGUCAGCUGACAGAAAAGGAUGCCCAGUACAUCGCGGACACGCUGAGAGCUCUACAGGAUGCAGACAAGGAGAUUGGUUCGAACAUGCGCUCUUCUGGCCAAUGGCUUAUACAGUUCGAAAAAGAGACUGGAAGUCUGAAGUCGAAGCUGCGUCAAAGACUUGAGUAUCUUGCGGGGAAAAUGUCGGAUGGGAGCAAAAAAGAUGAUUUUUUUGUCAUGGGAGUCAAUCAUCAUUACGCCCAUUUUAUUGCCCAAUUGGAUGAGUCUUUCUUGUGGACAGCAAAGGGAGCCUAUCAGAGGGCAAAGCAGAAAUGUGAUGCCGCAAUGGAUUCACUCCCGAAGACAGUUGAUUCUUUCGUGACCUCCUCAUUUGCAAACUUCCGCCAGUUGGAGAAGGCCCUCUCAACCCUCCAGCAUGCUUCUAAGAGUGAAGACCCCAAGUUGCCUCUGCUUCAACAAUUGUACAAGAAGACUGUGUCAUCUCUUUCCAAACAGGUAAACGAUCGCCUUGUGCGCAUUCGGGAGCAGGUUGAGGAUGCAUGUUGCUAUGAUGAUGGAAUUGAAGCUCUCAAGGCUCUGGAGAAAGCUUUGGGGCAAGGUCUUGCGAAUCAUGUGACACAGGUGGCUCCUCUGCCUUUUGAUUGCAAGAGUGUUCUAGAUACUUGGACUGAAAAACGGGCAGAGUUUUAUACGCUGGGAACGUCACCAGGAGAUGUUGGCAAACGCCUCAAGCUUCUAAAGCAGCGUAUGGAAAAGCUCAAGAAUGCAAACAUCAUUGAGCGAUAUGUGCUCAAUACGGAGCAUACUUACAAAAGACAUCAGCAAGAACUACGAAAGAAAGUGGAACAUUGUUUCCAGGAUGGUGUGUCUGCUCUUAGGCAACGAGACGCUAUGCACUUGCGUACAAGUCUUGACAUGCUUGUGCAAUUCACUGAAGGAAUUGGGGAGCAUGUUCCUUCUGCUGCUGUGAAAAGAGGUAAUUUGGAAGACAGAAUUGUCCAGACCCUCAUUGAAGUAUGCCACAAGUCAAUCCAACAACUGGAAGAAAAGAAUUUGAUUGAAUUCGAGGCUGCCUUUCCAGAACUGCGCCUGUUUGUCAUCAACUUUGAGUUCAUUCUUGGCAGGCCUGCAGCGAUGAAAGAAUUUUGCCUUGUAGCACAACUGGUACAUGAUGUUGUGCUUGGUGGCAUUAAUCAGCUACAAGUCGCAGUCGCCGACCACAACUUCUCAGAGACACGUGAUCUCAUCAUAUUCAAUCGAACACAUGGUGGAUUUUUCGUUGACCACUAUGGUCUCCUUUUUGAGGAACUCAAACAGCUUGGCAAAUCGAUCGAAAGUGAAUGGUUCCAACGCAUCUCGGAUAUUGGCCGAGAGAGCUUUGCCAGUGGUCGCCGCUGGCAGAAGAUCCAGCAGUGUGCGAUUCUUGGUGUGGUACCGAGUGCUUCAGAGUCGGAAAUCCGAAAGGCAUUCAAGCAGAAGGCACUGGUUGUGCAUCCAGACAAGAAGAAUUCUGCGGAGGGAGACUCUGGUCAAGAUUUUCGCCGUGCUAAAGAAGCUCACGAUGAUCUGCUGAGUGAUUCUGGCAUGAUAGGAUGUGCAAAACCCUUUGAUGAACUGCUUCUAAAGAUUCCGUCACUUUUGGAGACGACUGUUCGGAAUUUCCUGCGACAUCAAGAUUAUGAUCUACUUCAACAGUUGCUUGAGCAGUUGCAAGAAAUGCAGAUGGUUUGCAUGCUGGUGGAACCAGAAUUGUCUUACGACAAAGCCGUUGAGAGUAUCCACAAGGUGGUGAAAGAUCAGAUCCACAGCAUCAGAUUGCAGGUAGACACAUUCUGGACUGAACGGAAGUACAAAGAGCUUAAUUUGUGCAUUGAGGACCUGAAGACAGCAGAGCAGCAUUUGAAGUCUUUCCCACGAAUCUUCCCUGAAUCGUGGAACCAGGGCAUCAUUGAAAAGGUUGAAAGAGAGAUACAAACGCAGGGAGCUGAGGCACGGUUGCUUCUACAAGAUAAGAAGACUGCAAGAGAGUGUUUCGAUGACUUCAGACGAUGCUUCAUUCAGAUGGGGGGAGUCCUUGUGGAAUUGCAGCUGUUCAGCAGUUUCACAAAGGAUGUUAUGAGUGGUGUACUUGAGCUAUGUCUGGAGUCCGAUUGGGGUUACAACUAUCUCUUUGAUCUUGGAUUGAGCUUGCACAGAGGAGACGAUUCCAUCAGCGAAGAUGAGAAUCGCAUUGGUCAAACUCUACUGUCUGAAUUCUCACACUUCAAGGAGGUGAUGACCAUGGUCUGGAAUGAGGAGACAGCUCAAAAGCCCGUAGAAGACACUGUGCGAGACAUCAAGGGAUUGCGGCGAACUUCGCCUGAUGGUACAUCUGUUUCACUUUGCAUUGACAAAGAUGCACUGCUUCAUAGCUUCCGGCAGUUCGAAACAGAGUAUAAGCUCCUCUUGAGCGAAUUUCUGCCUUCAGGAUCAGAUCUGGGAAAGCUUGCCAAUCGGACUAUUGACAGAGCCAAUAAGCGCAGGCCUAUCAGUUGUGCUGGCGGAUGGGACUCUAGGGUGAAGGGAGCUUUACCUCAAAUACUGGCUGGCAUCUUUGCAAUGUUCACAGUCAUCAAGUCGGGCGAAAGCUACAACAGAAUCAAAGAGUCUUCCAGUGACGAAAACCUUGGUGACAACCUGCUCAUGAAGCCACACAACAUUCAAGUGCUCACUUUGCUCCACCUUCUUGGAUGUGGGAACGAUGCCGAAAAUGGUUUGAAAAAUCAGCUUAUGCAGAUUCGGACUGGAGAAGGAAAGUCAAUGAUAUUGGGAGCUGCUGCCGCUGCGCUAGGUCUUCUUGGGUUCAAAGUCAGGUGUGUUUGCUACAGUGAGUACCUGUCUGCUAGGGAUUGGUCUCUCUUUGAGUCAGUCUUCAAACGUCUUCAUCUUGAAAGACUUGUGGUCUACAGCAAGAUAACAACACUUUCAGAGGACACGACCACAAGGAAAGGAGACAUCCGAGGCCUCACUGCAGGAUUGCUGAACAAUAUUCCAGGACAGCAGCACUCGUCCAGCCGGGGAUCUCAUCCGCCGCCUGCACAAUUAUCAACAGCGAGUACCCCUAGCCCUGCAUACAGUUCUGCCCUCACUCACCAGACACAAGGAAGCCAGUCUUAUCAUACAUCUUCCCAGCACACCACCAAUGUGUGUUUGGCAGAUCCCACCCUUCAGGGCUCAUUGAAUCCACACAUUGCUGCCGGGACAUUUCCUGCUGCCACAGCUUCUGGUGAAGAGAUAUUGUUGGUGGAUGAAGUGGAUGUCUUCUUUGGAUCGGAUUUCUAUGGGCAAACCUACAAUCAGGUCACCAAGCUUCGUUUACCAGAAGUAACUGCCAUCCUCACUGAUGUUUGGAACAAGCACAAUCAAGGUGGUCGCAAACAGCGAUUGACAGAUGUGCAGGUCACGCCUGCUUACCAGAACCUGGUGCAAGCCAUGCCAUCGUUUCAAUCCAUGAUUGACAAUGAAAUCCGACUGAUGCUUGACCAUGUCCAAAGGAUUGACAACGAAACCUACAUCUUUGACCCCGGAAAUGACAAAAUUGGCUACAAGGUGCUUGAUGGCAUUUCUUACCAAGUCACAUAUGGCUAUCUUACAGUCUUUGCCUAUCUAAAGGAGGCAACAAAAGGCAACCUUCGGAAUAAAGAAGAAACACUGAGACGGGAGCUGUACAUGCCUGUUUCUUGUGGUCAGUUCUCCUAUGCCAACAUUAACCCUGCAAGGAUACUGGGAGUGUCGGGAACCCUGGAGGCAAUGGGAGAAUUUGAAAAAGACGUCCUUUUUGACUAUGGUAUCAAGGACUAUAUCUUUGUUCCAAGUGUCUAUGGGCAAUCCAAUUUUGUUUUUGACAAGGCAGGCGAUGGAAUCUACAUUGAGGAAGACAAAAGCGACUACUUCCAGAAGAUUUGUGACGAAAUUCGGGACAAGACAAACCGGAAACGCCCAGUAAUUGUGUUUUUCAAGGACAGCACUAGACUGGCUGAAUUCAAGAGCAGCCCAUUCUUUUCAGGGCUAGGACGACAGAAAGCCAUUCUGUCUGAAGAUAUGGAACCAGGGUCAAAGGAUUUUGUCAUCAACAAGGCAGCAACCUCUGGGCAGGUAACUAUUUGCCCUGCUGUGUUUGGUCGUGGAACAGACUUCUUCUGCAAGGACGACAAAGUUCAGGACGCUGGUGGGGUCCACAUUAUCCAAGCAUUUCUCUCAACUGAGAAAAGUGAAGAAGUGCAGAUCCAGGGUCGAACUGCUCGACAGGGGAAGAAGGGAUCAUACCAGAUGGUUCUACUGGAAGGAGAUCUAAAGGACAACUUUGGUAUCUCGCAAGGUGAGAAGGACUCCAUCGCAAGAGAAAGGAGGUAUGAGUGGCUACAUCAAGCAAGGACAAGAAAGCACGGCCAACACUGGAAAUUGGUGGGAGAGAAUCUGAAGCUUGCCACAGGGCGAGAUCAGGCCACCCAUCAGUAUUUUGACGCUCUGCUUGCUGGACAGCGGGAGAGUGCCACAACGCUUUUCAAGGAUCUUUAUGCAAUGAUCAAAAAACCGCCUAUUCCAGAUGAGAUUGCUGUUGACAUUGCUCUAGCAGUUGAUAUCACUGGCAGCAUGGCCCCCUAUUCAAAGCAUACAAGAGAAACCAUUGAGGGACUUCUUGCAGGAAACAACUCAAUUGUUUCAAAGCUAGGACCUUCAUUCCCUGAUACAACCAUCAAGGUUCGGCUUGGUAUCAUUGCAUUUAGAGAUAUCGAUGACCGCACCAACCAGUUCCAGGAAAGUGUGUGGAGCCAGGGUGGGCACUUCACGGAAUCUGUUCCUGAUGUUUUGGCCUACCUCAGGGCAGCAGCAUUAAAUCCAACUGGAGGUCAUGACUUGGCAGAAGACAUUUUGGGAGCUAUCAAUCGAUGUGCAGGAUGGAGUGAGCACAGUGACUGGUCAUCGCAGAUCAAGAUGAUUGUGCUUUUCACCGAUGCUCCAGCACAUGGGUUCGUACCUCCCUGUUCUAUAGGACAGCCAAAUGUGGAUAGCUAUGCUGUUCGCCACCCCCGUGGAUUCACUCCUGCCUCCAUUGCAUGCGCACUGGUUCCCAAGGGGAUCAACCUUGUUGUUUGUUCUUAUAACCCCCUUGCAACAGCACUGACUGAAGAAAAGCUUGCCGAAGAGUAUCUAAACCAUCCCGACAAUUCUGCUGGGAGAGAAAUCAAGAGAAUCCCCAUGGUUCCCCAGUCUGUAAUCGGAGGGACUGCUGGAAAACCUUUGCUGGGUGAACAACCGAAACAUAUUGUCUUUGUUCUGGAUGAAUCAGGAUCAAUGCGAGGGUCUUGGGCUGGUGUUGUCGAAUCAUUCCGACGGUACCUUGCCCGUCGACGGGAGAAUCAGAAUGAAAUGGAUCUAGUCUCAGUUGUGCAAUUUGAUAGCACUGCGAGGGUUACAGUCCAGCAGACACCCAUUGGAUCAGCCCCUGCCAACCUUGGCUUCCAUGGUAGAGGAACACAGUUUGCCCCUGCUGCGAAUGAAGGGAGUCGAGUUGUGGCAUCGACUCCUCCCUCUCAUGUCCCAACUCUUGUGUUUAUGAGCGAUGGAGGCACCAAUGAUGCACGACAAGCGGCCGCAACAUUGCAAUCUUUGAACGCUCAGGUGCUGCAAAAACAUGGCAGUGAUCUAGAGCUUCACGUGAUUGCGUUUGGAAAUGGAGCGGACACUGAACAGCUACAGCAAAUAGCACACUCAUCGCCAAAAGGGCGAGUACAUCUCAGCUCUGACACGGUCCAGCUUUCAAACAUUUUUGCUACUAUAGCUGGUGGACAUCACGUUGCGACAGCAUUACAGAGUGAGAUUGCCAAGGAGAUUUCCGAGGCAGUAUCUGACACACUCUCACUUGAAUACUUGUCUUAAGUAAUAACAAUGUUUGAAUCCUU